AUAAUAUCACUUUUUAUUCAUUUAUAUAAUUUAUACGACAAAUAACAUAAGUAUUUAUAAAUGAAUUAAUAUUUGCGUUACGUUUAGUCACUAUUUUGUUAUCAAAUUAUCACAAAUUUAUCACAACUAAUAACACUUAAGACAUUAACUAAUAAUCUCAAUAUAAUUGGCAAAUGUGUUGAAACUGACAUUUAAUUGAACAAACAUUUGCUAUUUAAUCGAUACAUGAUUUCAAUGAAUUAAUUAAUAAUUUGGACUAAUUUUAUACACAUUUAAUUAAUAAUCAUUUAUAAAAUGACUAUAUUUUCAAAAUUGGUCUCGUUGGACGCCAAGUGGCCAUCAGAUGUGUUGACCAGUGUAUCGGUAAAUCGGGCCAAACUUGAAUUGAUUGGUGCAUCGGUGUUGGCAACUGUAGCCGUCAUCAAGUUAUAUGAUCUCUACGACAAUGACAUGUUGAACUUCAAGACACUUAAGGAGAAGUCAUUUCGUUUGUUGAUAUGUCUGCCGGGUGUCCGCGGAAUUGCUGAAAAACAGUUGGCAGAUGUGGACAACACUAUAUCCAAGACAAUACAGAAGAUGUAUAACUCGCAAGUCUUUCUCUCAGACUUACCACAAACUGGUCUUUCAGAUGAACACAUUCUUCGAGAGUUAAGUGACUAUUCGCAUAUCGGCAAAGUUGACUGGCAAAUGGGUCGGGCAUCGGGCACUGUCUAUUGUGACGGCAAUCGUAAACUCAAUGAUUUGAUGACCAAAGUGUACGACAAGACGGCGUACACCAAUCCAUUACAUCCGGACGUGUUUCCAGGCAUUAACAAAAUGGAAGCGGAAAUUGUAAGAAUGGUUUGCAAUUUAUUUAACGGUAAUAAUGAUAGUUGCGGAACACUGACCUGCGGUGGAACCGAAUCUAUUAUAUUAGCCGUUAAAGCUGCUCGUGAUUAUGGCCGAGAAGCUAAAGGCAUAACUCGUUCUGAAAUUGUAGUCCCCGUGACAGCACACGCGGCCUUUCAAAAAGCCGCACAAUUGCUUAAUAUAAGGAUCAAGUUUAUCGAUUCCGAUCCCAUCUCUUACAAAGUUGAUAUAAAAUCCAUGAGAAGAGCCAUCACUAGCAAUACUGUUUUGUUGGUUGGAUCUGCUUGUAAUUAUCCGCACGGGAUUAUUGACGACAUUAAGAGCAUCGCUGAAUUAGGACUGAAGUACUCGAUCCCCGUUCACGUGGACUCGUGUUUGGGAGGAUUUUUAGUGCCAUUCAUGAGAGCCGCUGGUUAUCCGAUACCAAGUGUUGACUUUUCGGUUGCUGGCGUUACCAGCAUUUCAGCCGACACUCAUAAGUAUGGUUACGCACCGAAAGGUUCUUCAGUUAUUAUGUACGCACACAAGAAAUAUAGAAAACAUCAAUUUUCAGUACAAACUGAUUGGCCGGGAGGUAUUUAUGCCACACCAACAUUGGCCGGCAGUCGAUGUGGCGCUAAUAUUGCCAAUUGUUGGGCAACACUAUUAUCUUUUGGAUUUGAUGGAUACGUUGAGGCGACCAAAAAGAUUAUGAAAACACAACGAUUUCUUAAAGAAGAAUUGUCUAAAAUAGAUGGCAUUUAUAUUAUUGGUGACCCUCUCAUGUCUGUCAUUGCCAUCAAAUCUGACAGAUUUAACAUAUUCAGGCUAAGUGAUAAAUUAUCUGAAAUGGGAUGGAGUUUGAAUCCAUUACAAUUUCCAUCUGCAGUUCAUAUUUGUCUGACAUUAAUGCAUACAAAGCCUGAAGUUGUCGACUCCUUUUUAAAGGAUAUUAAAACUGUGGUCAAUGAAUGUCUUUUGACACCUAAGGACAAUACCGGAGGAUUAGGUGUUAUCUAUGGUAUGGCUCAGUCUCUUCCGGAUAGAUCUUUGGUUACUGAUAUUGCCUCACAUUAUAUCGAUGGCAUUUAUACUACUGAAUGGUCUCAAACUAACGGCAAAUAAAA